GCGCGCCCUUUUCAUUCUAGUUUGGAAUCCGCCGGCGGACGGUUAAUAUUAAAUCAUAAAUAAAUACCAGUCCAGGUUAAAAACUUUUUUUUCAUUUUUAAAUAAAAUUUUGUGAAGUGUCGUGUUUUUUAUUAUAUUAUUGUAUUUUUCAUCUCGUCUUGCGAAUAGGUACUCGUUAUUUUUUUUUUUACCGUCCGAAUUUUGACAAUUUUGCGGCGCCAAUGCAAAAAAAAUGAGUGCAUCUAUAGGACCUGGAUGUUAAAUUUCAAACUUUUUUUUUUAUCGUCUAUCUAAUUGUUACGAAUGAUUUAAUUAUAACAACAUAGCCAACGUAAUUGAAAAACAUCAACGCAACGUUUUUUUGAAACCUAUAUAUAUAUAUAUGUAAUAAACAUAUAUAUAUUGUAAAUAUACAAAUAUAUUUCCCAGUCGUCAUAAAAUGGGUGACAAAUCGCGUAAAGGCAGUGGCCAAGAUGCCGAAGCAAAUAACACGACGGCGGAGCAACAACGCACGGAAGCCGUGGCAAAAGCCGUGCACGGUCAUCCGGUUUCAGAACACCCGACCACGUACUGCGAGACGCUCAUGCAUCUUCUGAAGGGCAACAUCGGGUGCGGCAUGUUGGCCAUGGGAGAUGCUUUUCGAAACGGAGGUCUGUUGAUGGCGCCUCUGCUCACGGUCUUCAUCGGCACCGUGUGCAUAUACAACAAUCACAUAUUGCUAAAUGUCGCGCAUAAGCUCAAGAGCCGACUGAAACUCGAACACUGCCCGACGUUUUCGGAGACGAUCGAACUGUCUUUCGCUACCGGACCCAAAAGUCUACAGAGGCACGCGGAUUUAUUCAGGACCUUAGUCAACGUGUUUGUCAUAAUAACUCAACUGGGAUUCUGCUGCGUGUACAUAUUGUUUGUUUCAAAUUCUAUUAAACAAUUUUGCGACGAAUACGGUGCGGUGAUAGACAUUCACAUACAUAUGAUUUUCGCACUGAUACCGAUUAUGUCCUGUGCCAUGAUUAGAAAUUUAAAGUUCAUCGCGCCUCUAUCUACGGCCGCAAACAUUUCAAUGGCCAUUGGUCUAGGUAUCAUCCUAUCGUACUGCAUAGUGGAUUUACCACCGUUGGCGUCUAGAACAGCCGUUGCCCAUUGGUCACAAAUACCGUUGUUCUUUGGCACGGCUAUAUACGCUUUCGAAGGCAUAAGUCUGGUAUUACCUCUGCAAUUGGAAAUGAAAAAACCAGACCGAUUCGCUUCCACUUUAGGAGUGUUAAACACUGGCAUGACUAUUGUGACAUUCAUAAUUUUAACUAUGGGCUUCGUAGGAUUCUGGCGUUUUGGCGACGACGUCAAAGGCAGUCUGACACUUAAUCUUCCCCCAACACUCGUAUUAUCCAAAAUUGUAGUCGGUCUGAUGGUGUUUGCAAUUAUUUGUACUUACACUCUACAAUUUUACGUGCCUGUUGCUAUUUUGUGGCCUUCAGUACAAGAAAAAUAUGGACCGUUCCAAUCUCCAGCUUUAGCCGAAUAUCUUCUUCGCGCCGCUUUAGUGUUCGCAACAUUUUUAGCAGCCGAAGUGAUACCACAUUUAGCAUUAUUCAUAUCUUUAGUUGGAGCUAUAGCUAGCACAUUUUUGGCAUUGAUAUUUCCACCCAUUUGCCACAUGGUUGUAUGGAAGGAAGAAGGAUUUGGAGCAUAUAAUUGGAAACUUCACAUGGACAUCCUUACAAUCAUCUUGGGUCUACUAGGUUUUGUCACUGGUACAUAUUUUAGUUUACACGACAUUGUUGUUGCGUUCAGCAAAGAUUUCGGCUUACACCACUGAACGAAAUAUAAUAGAAUGUUCACUAUUUAGUUUUAGAAAAUGCACCAUUUUGUGUUUUUAAUACGUAAUAUCUUUAAUUUAUUAUAUUAUUAGUUUAUUUUAAUACGAUAGAAUAUAUAAUUGAUAGAAUUAUCAAAUACACGUUUAAAUUUCUACAAUUACAGACCAAGUUAUUAGGUUGUUUGUAAAUUAUUUACGUUUAUUGUCAAUUAAAUAUAUAACACAUUUAAAUAUUUUUAUUGUUCUAAAAAGUAGAUAAAUAUUUAUAAAAAUAUACCCAACAAUUAUUUAUCUGUACAAAACAAGACAAUACUUUCUA